UUCAAGUGUGAAAGAUGGCAAACAAAAAUGCUUCUUUGCACAUAUUUUUCUUCCCAUUCCUGGCUCAUGGCCAUAUGAUACCUUGCGUUGACAUGGCCAUGGUGUUUGCUGCAAAAGGCGUGAGAACCACCAUAAUCACCACCCCACUCAAUGCACAAACCAUCUCCAAAGCUAUACAAAAGACGAAAAUUCAUCAAACCAAAGAGAUCAACAUCCAAACCAUCAACUUUCCUUCUACCACCGAGACUGGUUUACCUGAAGGAUGCGAACACGUUAACACCCUCCCAUCUCUAGCUUCAUUGUCAGCUUUCCAUAAGGCUACCAGGUUGCUGGAAGAGCCCUUUGAGCAACUGUUGCUUCACCACCACCCAAAUUGUGUUGUUGCAGACAUGUUUUUCCCAUGGGCAACUGAUUCUGCUGCCAAGUUUGGAAUUCCCCGGCUCGUGUUCCAUGGGAUGAGUUUCUUCUCAUUGUGUGCUUACGAAGUAAUGAGGUUGUACGAGCCUUACAAGAACACUUCUUUUGACUCAGAAUUAUUCGUUCUCCCUAAUUUUCCUGGUGAAAUCAAAAUGACAAGGUUGCAGGUAGGAAGUUUUUUUCGGAAAGAUGACGUGGAGGCGAAGAGAUUCUGGGAGGAAAUUCAUGAAUCAGAGGUGAGGAGCUAUGGGGUGGUUGUUAACAGCUUUCAUGAGCUAGAGAAGGAUUAUGCAGAUCAUUAUGUGAAGAAAUUUGGGAGAAGAGCAUGGGCCAUAGGUCCGUUGUCUCUUUGCAACAAGGAUAAGGAGAAGAAAAGAUAUAGAGGAGGAAAAGAAGAUGAGCAUGAAUGCUUAAAGUGGUUGGACACGAAAGCAACUGGUUCAGUUGUUUAUGUGUGCUUUGGGAGCAUGACGAAAUUUCCUGAUUCUCAGUUUCGAGAGAUUGCUUUGGGACUUGAGGCGUCAGGGAAAGAAUUCAUGUGGGUAGUGGGGAAGAGAGAAAAAAAUGAAGAAGAAUGGGUUCCCGAAGGAUUUGAAGAUAGAACGAAAGAGAAGGGAGUAAUUAUAAGAGGUUGGGCACCUCAAGCGUUGAUUCUUGAACAUGAAGCUAUUGGGGCGUUUGUGACUCAUUGUGGAUGGAAUUCAACCUUGGAAGGUGUGGUAGCUGGGGUGCCUAUGAUCACUUGGCCUGUGGGUGCUGAACAGUUUUACAAUGAGAAGUUGGUGAUUGAGGUGCUGAAGAUUGGUGUGCCUGUUGGUGCUAGAAAAUGGAGUAACUUUGUGGCAGAUGAGGAUUGUUGCAUAAAGUGGGAUGCUGUUGAAAAGGCUGUGAAAAGGGUAUUGGCAGAAGAAGAAGCAGAGGGAAUGAGAAAAAGAGCAAAACUGCUUGCUCAUACGGCAAAACGGGCGGUGGAAGAAGGCGGCUCUUCCUACUCAAAUUUGGAUUCGUUGGUUCAGGAGCUGAUCCCCCUUUCCCUUUAACGCGCCUCAAAUAUAAUGAUCAUCCCCUUCUUCAAUUCAUAUUUGUCGCAAGAAAACCAAACUAUUGAGUUAUCUUUAAUGAUUAAAAGUUUCAAUUCAAUGUGUCCGUUAUUUUCAACUCCUACCACCAGCCACUCUCCCGACAAGGUCUACUCCUAUCAAUACUUAGUUUCAGUUUUGAUUCAUUAUCACAUGGUUUUGAUCAUCUUAGUCAAGCAACCAACAUGUCAUCAACGACACUUUUGUUGGAGUUUUUACGUUCUCUCGCCGUCUUUUGAAGUUGUGAAUCUGUUCCCCUUUUUAUCAUGUGUGGUGGCACGUCUCAUCUCCUCUCAUGCAGUUAUUCAAAGUUUCAAUGUUGUCUUUUUUUCUUUUUCAAGUGUUUUUGAUUGAAGAAUCUUGGAUUUUUAAGGUUUUCCUCUCUGUUAUAUUUGUGAUUUCUUCUACUGUUGUCUCUUCUCACCUCCCUUUUGUCAUUAUUGUGUUUGACUCGUCCAUAUAUUUUUUUUUUUUUUCGUCGCAAAGAUGUUUUUUCUAGUUUAGUUAUAGUCGUGGUAGCUCUUCAACAAUGUUCUCUUUAUCCACUAGAUGUCAACAAUGCAUUAUUUAACGAUGAUUUACAAGAAAAGAUUUGCAUAGAGCAACCUCUCAAAUUUAUUACUCAGGAGAGUCUUAUGGGUUGGUAUUUUGUCUUUUAUAUCGUAGUCACAAAUCAUUAAUAAUUUGGUGGUAUCAGA